GAUUUAAUGAUAGCAUAGGUAUAAUAUACCGGACUCUGAACUAAUAAUAAUAGUAGUAAUAAUAUACUUGGUCUUAGGCAAGAUAAGGCGCAAGGCAUGGGGGUGGUGAGGAUGCUGCCGUUACAUUAUAGUGGAUUUAACAGGGCGGUCUGGUGAAUGCAGAAUGACCUUUGCUGGCCACCAUUGGCAUUAGCCUGAGUAGCGAACGAGUUUCAGCUUCAUUGUUUUGUGCUUGGCCUCCAGCGCUCAUUCUGAGCAUGGCUACUUCCAUUACAUUCCGUGUCCGCUAUGAUGGUGAAGAAAUGGAGGAGCAAAGGAUGGUGAUGUUGCUCGAGAAUUGCGUUAGCAUACCCGAUUUUCUGACAGCAACUGGACUUGCAUAUGCAAAAACUGCAGAGGGAUCAAUGAUCUAUGCAGGAAGGUCGAGCUACGUGGAAGAGAUGUUCCUGCAAGCUGGGUCCAUCAUUUGCGGCCCUAGGUCCAUAGGCCCGGUGUCCCGCAAGGAACUGCUGGCCCUCCCGACCAACAAUGGUGUAGCACACCAGGAAGCAAGAAUGCUGAGGUGCUCGUCAUCGUUAGUCAACCAGUUUCCGCGCACGAUCAGGCGGUGUCAGCUGAAACCCGUGGUACGGCAAUUCAUGAACAGUCAGGAGGACACAACCCGUGAUUUUGUCCCCCCAGAACUUGACCGAGAGCGCCAGGAACCCUCACAGGGUGAAGCGCAGCUGCACAGCAAUGUGUAUCAUAACGCAUUCAAGAUUGUCAACCGGGUCCUGAAGAAGGAGUACCACGACCAGAGGCUUCGCUUUGAGUGGAGGCUACCUCCUAACGCUGCCGUGCCAGGGCGGAACAGCCUGGGGGGGGCCCCAAGCGGGAAAAAACCCGAUGUCAACCUCAUGAUCCCAAAUACUAACCACAAAAAGGGGGCUGCCGAGGCUAAAUGCCUGUGGAUACUCCAUGAGGGGCGCACAUCCCGGGAUAUGGAGGCCGCUAACCUCGACCGCCUGGAUCGUCCCCUCUUAAUCAAGCCGGAAGAGGACCCCAAGGUGGACCUGGUGGACGUCUUCAACCAAGGCGACGAUUCGCACCCUAUCACAAAGUCGCUUGGUCAGAUCCAUGGUUAUUCAAGAAGGGGGAAUUAUUCUAUUGCCCUGCUCACGUGCGACGCCUUCACGUGGGCCCUUGUCACGGACCCUGAGAACUUGGAGGACCCGUUCUUAUCAGAACACUUCAGGUCCACGGAUGUCGGUCCCAGCACUCAUGAGACGCGAUCAACGUGAACCAGCUCCCGCCCAUCUUCCCCCGCAACACCCGACAGCUUCGGCCGCGGAGCGGUUCUUCCAGCGGCCCAGAUGCUAGUUACCCGGGGGCCAGCGGCUCCGCAAUGAGCGGUAGCAACGUGAAGGGCGCCGGUUCUGGGGUGAGCAGCGCGGUCCUGGGCGCAGGCGCUGGGGGCAUUGUGGUGAAGAGAGCUGGCGGGGAAGCAGCUGCAAUAGACGACGCCGGCAAAGGGGCCUUGGGGGUGAUUGGUGCAGCUGUAGGGGUUACCGAACGAGACGGUGCUGAUUCGGGGGCCGAUAUGAUGACUGAUGAGGGCGCUGCAGUAUACAGUGCUGAUGCGGGGGCAGACACGGUGGUUAGUGCUGGAGCAGGGGGCAGUGUGGUGAUCAGUGCUGGCGCUGGGUGCAAUGCAAUAAAUGGUGCUGAUGCCGGGCUCGAAGUGCUGAUUGGCGCUGGCGCCGGGGGCAAUGCACUGAUUGACGCUGACGCGGGGGCCAACACGGUGGUCAGCUCUCAAGGAGGGGGCGGUGCGGCGAUCAGCGCCGGUGCCGGACGCGACGCGGUGAUCGGCGCUGGUGCCGGAGGCGAAUUGGUGACCGGCGCUGGAGCGGGGGGCGAUGCCCUGACCGGCGCUGGAGCGGGGGGCAAUGCGCUGACCGGC